CGCCAAUAGGGGUCAGCAUUGGUCGUUAUGUGCGUAGAGGCCAGUUGAGCAGUGGCGAAGAAGAAUGUCGUGAACAAGGAAGUCAAUAAAUCUACAGGCAGCCACGGUCGGUUUCCUUUUGUUUUGUUUGUUUUUUUGGUUUCCUUUUUUUUAUCGUAAUCGCUAUCAUUUUUUAACCAGGACAGUUAUUAGGAUUAACGAAACCAGUUUCAUUCUCCGUAUUGACUUGGUUUUUGCGUAAUGGUCGACGAUAUUCGACGUUAGCGGUGAGCUAGUCGUGUGGGCUAAUAACGUUGCUAACAGGCCUGAAGCCAUCGGCUCUGUUCACCGUUUGUCAAAAGCGAAAUAUUUUGGGACGGCGGUGAUCGAAACGUUCGUUCGAUAACGUUGAGUGUAGCUGAGGUGGCUCUUGGGAGCGGAAUCGUUAAAACUAAGUGCACACCAACCAACUGCCGCAGAGCGAAAGGAGCGGACGAGCAUGUAUGCCCCGCCGGGUUCGACCGUUCCCGGAGGCCGUGGAAGGAGAGGGGGCAGCCCGUUGCCCAAGCAACCAGAGCGGAGCCUGGUGUCGGCUCUGCCGGGAGCCCUUUCCAUAACCGCCCUGUGCACGGCUCUGGCUGAGCCAGCCUGGCUCCGGAUUCAUGGAGGCACCUGCCCCAGACAAGAGCUCGGAGUGGCGGAUGUCUUAGGCUGCGUUGACCCCAAGCUCCUGGACGAAUACUGCGUGAACCCUCAGACCAUAUUGUUGCUGCGAGUGAUCGCCGCCUUCUGUUUCCUGGGCAUCUUUUGCAGCCUGACUGCAUUCCUCCUGGAUGUGUUCGGACCGAAGUACCCAGCUCUCAAGAUCACACGGAGAUAUGCCUUCGCGCACAUCCUUACAGUGCUGCAGUGUGCCACCGUCGUCGGCUUCUGCUACUGGGCCUCCGAGCUCAUCUUGUCACUGCAGCAGCAACACAAAAAAAACCACGGCUCCCUCGUGUACGUCGCCUUCGCCAUCAGCUUCUACCUGGUGGCGGGGGCGGGCGGGGCCUCCAUCCUCGCCACGGCCGCCAACUUGCUGCGCCACUACCCCACCGAGGAGGAGGAGCAGGCUUUAGAACUGCUCUCCGAGAUGGAGGACAGCAGCGAGACGUUUCCCGCCGACUAUGACAUUGGCAACCAGUUUCAGCCUCCGCCCGCGUACACGCCCUGACAAGCGGCGGUGGCGUUCGCUUGAGGAGGCGACGUGCUCGCAGUCGGCUUUGCAAAUACUUCUAUAGUUGAACACGGCAUGUGCAGCCAGUGCGCACGCUCCAUGACUGACAAGCGCUUGGGUGCAUGAGCGCUAAGAAAUGGUUGUGACUUUCACAGAUGACGUAUAUUUGCAUGUAAAUGGCUCGUCGGGCUUGUUUCUUCAUCUAAAGCAGAGUGCUCAACAUGGCUGAUGAAGUCACUGAUGGUGCAGCCUGAUCAAUACUGAUUUUCUUUCACUAUUAUCCAAGCAGGCUGUCGACCGCCGGUUGAUUGGCUCCUAGCGUGCUUUGAGCAUUCUUUUGUCCCAUGUUUUAACAAAAGGAACGCAACAAAAGUACAGAAAACCACUUGAGGUAUUUUAUACAAAAUAACAAACAGCCCUUAUUUAUUGAUUAGUUAGAUGUCUCGCUUUUGCUUCUCUGUCGCUGGUUUAGUCUUGCGUGAUCACGUUCUGUGCUUACGAGAGAGAACAUGUUUUCUAUGCUUUGACUCACCGCCACGGAUGGAGGUGAAGGAAACCGUUUUGCUAUUAAAGUACGAUUCACACUCAACAGAAGCCUCACUGCAAUGAGUUGUUGUCCUUUGUAUUCCAUUGGUUUCAAUACAACUUUAUUUGUACUGUGUGAGCCAGUAGUGUUUCGCUUCAUGUGAGAUCUUUUGCGUGCUAAUCUUAAAAGCGUCUUGAAAUUGUGAUUAGUUGGGUGAGCCAAGUUGGUUGUGUGCUUUUCUGUUUCACAAAGUUCCUGCUUUGUAUUCCUGGUUUUCAGGUCAUGUGUUCGUCACUAUGUAAAUAUUGUUUAUACAUUAAAAAAAUAACUCAAACUUCAA